UGGGCAGGGACACUGUUCGGGUGGCCUUGGCCCUGUACAACGGCAACCCACAGAUAAAGUUCUAUCUAAAUAGCUAUGACAGCAAAUCAUCAGUCCUGGAAGCGGUGAAGGGCCUUUCCUACUCAGGGGGUGAUGAAUCUAACCUGGGGUUCGCCUUGGAGGAAGUAGCCAAAAGCCUUUUAAGCCAAACAGCUGGGGGCAGGGCCGACGAGGGUGUGCCCCAGAUGAUGGUGGUUAUCAGUGCUGGGCCGUCCACUGAUGAUACUGGUGCCGGUGACCGGGCCCUUAAGAGGGCCGGCGUUAUCACAUUCGGCGUGGCGAUUGGUGACACGGCCAGUGCAGAUCUGGAAGCAGUUGCUACAGAUAAAAGUUUUGUCCUGUCAGCCCCUGAUUUCAGAACAGUGGUGAGCACGGGUGACCGGCUGCUCCCAUUAAUUAACGGGGUGGUCCAGCGCACCAUUAUAGUUCAGACCGAGUUCACAGAAGUCUUGGCAGUUGGACCACGAGACAUAAUUUUCCUCAUCGACAGUACAAUGGGUGCAACGCUUAUCAACUCUGUGCGAGAAUUCAUCAAGCGGUUCGUCGACACCAUGCCAAUUGGUCCAGAUGGAGUUCAAGUGGGUGUGGCCCAGUUCAGCAAUGUCCCUCAACUUCAGAUGGAUCUCAACUCCUAUGGAUCCAGGGAGGAAUUAACUGCUGCUUUGGGCUCUAUCAAACCAAAACCGGGACAGACAGUCAACAUUGGAGCAGCCUUGGACUUUGUGCGGACAAAUAUGCUGCGGCCUGAGAAAGGGAGUCGUAUUCAACAGGGGGUACCCCAGCUUUUACUGUUGAUGACCAGUAAAAAGUCAAGUGACAGUGUGGAAGCACCUGCUAAAGCCCUGCAGCGACUGGGCGUAUUGACUCUAGCUGCAGGUUCCAAGACUGCGACGGAGAAUGAGCUGCGGCAGAUUGCCUUUGCUGACACUGUUGCGUUCUAUUUGAAAGACUUCCGCUCACUGCUUCGCAACCCAAAGGCAAUUGUCGAUGCGCUCUCCACUCUAGCUGGAGUGGUGGUGACUGAAGGACCCACUGAGCCAGUGGUGGAGAUAACUACAGUGCAGACUCAAAAAGUGGUUCGAGACAUUGUCUUCCUUGUGGAUGGAUCAAACUACGUUGGCAGCAGUAACUUUCCCUAUGUGAGAGAUUUCAUCAUCAACGUGGUCAACCAGCUGGAUGUACGUCCUGACAGAGUCAGGAUUGGUCUCCUGCAGUUUGCUGAGAGCCAAAAGAUUGAAUUUCAUCUGAACAGCUACAGCAGCAGGCAAGAUGUUGUCAAUCAAAUCUCUCAACUCAGGCUGACUGGAGGCUCAGUUUUGAAUGCAGAAGCUGCCAUGAAUUAUGCCCUUAGCAAAAUGUUACAGUCAUCAACUGGGUCACGUAGGAAGCAGGGAGUCCAGCAGGUGUUGGUUCUGAUCACAGGUGGUCCAGUCCAGGAUCAGGCUAAAAAUGCAGCUGAUAAAUUGGCUCUUGCUGGUGUUUUGACCUUCACAGUCAGUUCUGGGCAAGCAGAUGAAGGCCUAAUGAAAUCAGUUGCCUUUGUUGAAGAUUUGGCUUACCAUGAAACAAGCUUCUCAAAUUUGCCAGCUCUGGCUGAACAAAUAAUGCCAAAGUUGAUAACAGUGGUUGGCGAUACAGAUGUGACAAAAACAACAUUCCCUGAGGAAACUGCUUUUGUUGCUGGAGCUGAGAGAGAUGUUGCCUUUCUCAUUGAUGGCACAGAAAAUGUCAGAAGAGAUUUUCCCUACAUCCGAGAUUUUAUCCUUAAAGUCAUUGAACCACUUGAUAUUGGGACUGACAGGGUGCGAGUUUCAGUGGUUCAACACAGCGAGAGGCCAACUCCAACUUUCUACCUUAACACUUAUCAGACCAAAGAUGAGGUGAUAAGAGCUGUCACAGGAAUGACAUUGGCUGGUGGACGUAGCCUUAACACAGGAGCUGCUCUAAGAUUCAUGAAGGACACCAUCUUGUCUGAAAGGCAUGGUAGCCGCGCUUCACAAAAUGUCCCUCAGUUCCUGAUUGUUUUGGCUGCAGGCAGGUCCAGGGACAGCGUAAAGGAUUCUGCUGGUGCGCUAAAGACAGAGGGAGUUGUACCGUUUGGUGUUGGUGUCAAGGAUGCAGACCCAAAGCAGAUUGCGGCGAUCUCACACAAUCCUUCCUUUGCCUUCAAUGUGAGGGAAUUCAGCGAGCUUAGCACCGUUACACAAAGGCUCAAUAACUACGUGAGCCUUCCAAGGGAAGAGCUGACUGAAGUUCUAAAGCAAGUACAAAGCAAUGCUGCAAAAAGAGAUAUUGUGUUCCUACUGGAUGGCUCUGAUAACACAAUAAAUGGAUUCCCAGAGAUAAAACUCUUUGUUAAGAGCAUAGUGGAGAGCCUAUCUGUCAGUGAGAGCCAAGACAGAGUGUCUGUGGUUCAGUUUGCUAAUCACCCCGAGGUAAACUUUUAUCUGAGUUCUCACAAGGCAAAGGAUGACAUUAUAAAUGCCAUAGAUAAUUUAAGGCACAAGGGUGGGAGGCGCCUUAACAUCGGGGGAGCUCUCCAGUUUGUGAGGCACAGCGUCUUCACUUCCUCCACGGGCAGUAGAAGACUAGAAGGAGUGCCCCAGAUUUUAAUUCUUCUAAGUACACAACCGUCCACUGAUAAUGUGAGAAGCCCAGCUUUUGCUCUGAAAGAGCAUGGAAUUGUGUCAGUGGGGGUUGGAGUGGGAGAUGCCAAUCAUUCAGAGUUGGAAAUGAUUGCCUUCAAACCUGGUUUUACAUACAAAGUCACUGAUUUCUCCAAGUUGCCCUCAAUCCAAUCACAAAUUGUUGCUACACUGAACAUAAACAAAGAAACUGCGGAAACCAUGACUGGAAUCUCAGAUUUAGUAGGGAGCAAUAAGAGGGACAUAGUGUUUCUCCUUGAUGGGUCAGAUGACUCCAGAAAUGGACUACCAGCUAUUCGUGAGUUCAUCAGAAGAAUGGUGGAAGAGCUGGACAUUGGUGAAGACAAGGUUCGAGUGGCCGUCAUACAGUAUAGUAAUGACACCACAGUUUAUUUCAACCUAAAAACUCACAGAUUAAAAAAGGCCAUCAUCUAUGCCUUGAAUUAG